GAAAAGUAAACGAAACGCGAAUAAUAUGUUACAUAACGUUUUAAAUUAGUUUUAAUAAAAUUUUAAUUUUUAUGUAAAAUUUGCAACAAAAUGAUCUACAUUACAUCAUGAAGCAACAAAAAGUCAUACAUUGGUUUCGUAAAGGUUUGCGACUUCAUGAUAAUCCUGCUUUUAUCAAAGCUUGUGAACAAGCAGUUGAACUGUAUCCAGUUUUCAUAUUAGACCCAUGGAUAGCUAAAAAUACAGCAGUUGGUAUUAACAGGUGGAGAUUCCUUUUGCAGUCACUUCAAGACUUGGAUAACAGCUUAAAAGCUUUAAACCUGAGAUUGUUUCUUGUCAAGGGAAAUCCUGAACUAGAACUAGAAAGCCUCUGUACAAAGUGGGGGAUCACUAAACUAACAUUUGAGCUGGACACAGAGCCUUAUGCUGUUAAACGAGAUGGCAUAGUGGAGACUAAAAUGAAGGCUAUGGGUGUGGAGGUUAUCAAAUGUGUUUCUCACACUUUGCUGGAUGUUCACAAAACAGUAGCAGCCAAUGGCGGCAAACCCCCAUUAACAAUGCAAAGUUUUCUUUCUGUGUUUGCUAAAGUUGGUCCACCCGAUCAAGCUUUGCCUGCCCCAACACUGCAAGAUCUUUCUGGCUGUAAAACCCCCAUUGGUAGCACACAUGAUGCAGAUUAUGGGGUCCCAAGUUUAUCAGAUUUAGGCAAGUCUGAGGCAGACUGUGGUCCAGUGCUGUAUCCAGGUGGAGAGACUGAAGCAUUAAACAGAAUGGACCUGCAUCUUAAAAAAACUAACUGGAUCUGUACCUUUGAAAAGCCAAACACGUCGCCUAACUCCUUAGUCCCCAGCACCACAGUGCUCAGUCCUUACUUCAAGUUUGGCUGUCUCUCAGCCAGACUUUUCUACCACAAGCUUAGCCAAGUCUACCACAAUAAGAAACACUCUGCACCUCCUGUCUCUUUACAUGGACAAAUGCUGUGGAGAGAAUUUUUUUACACAGUAGGGGCAGCCACUCCCAACUUUGACAGAAUGAAAGACAACUCUGUUUGCAAGCAAAUACCUUGGCAGUUAAACAAAGAACAUCUUGAAGCCUGGGCCCAUGCCAAGACUGGCUACCCAUUUAUUGACGCCAUCAUGACUCAACUGCGCCAGGAAGGCUGGAUCCACCACCUGGCCAGACACGCAGUUGCUUGUUUCCUCACCAGGGGGGAUUUGUGGAUCAGCUGGGAGGAGGGACAAAAGGUGUUUGAAGAACUUCUCUUGGAUGCAGACUGGAGCCUGAAUGCUGGGAACUGGAUGUGGCUGUCAGCCUCUGCCUUCUUCAACCAGUUUUUUAGGGUCUACAGCCCCAUAGCCUUUGGCAAGAAAACAGAUCCUAAUGGAGAUUACAUUAAAAAGUACCUGCCCAUUUUGAAGAAGUUCCCCGCCAAGUUUAUCUACGAGCCAUGGAAAGCUCCGAGUGCCAUGCAACAAACAGCAGGGUGUGUCAUCGGCAGAGAUUACCCUCGUCCCAUAGUUGAACACGACAUUGUCAGUAAGAUCAACAUUAAGCAAAUGACCGAAGCUUACGCUAAAGCAAGAGAAAGUAAUCCAGCAAGUUCCAAGAAAAACAGUUCAAAAAAAGGAAACACAGAACCUGUAAAAAGUAAAUCUCCAGCAGGACAUUCAGAAGCUAUAGAAAGUAAAGCUUCAGUAGAACAUUCAGAAACUAUAAAAAGAAAAUCUUCAGUAGAACUAGAACACUCAAUAACUAAAAAAAGUAAAUCUUCAGUAGAACAUUCAGAAGCUAUAAAAAGUAAAGCUUCAGUAAAACAUUCAGAAACUAUAAAAAGAAAAUCUUCAAUAGAACUAGAACACUCAAUAACUAAAAAAAGUAAAUCUUCAGUAGAACAUUCAGUAACUGUAAAAAGUAAAUCUUCAUUAGGACAUCCAGAAAUUAUAAAAAGUAGAUCCUUAGUAAGACAUUUAGAAACUAUAAAAAGUAUAUCUUUAGAUGGACACAUAGACACUAUAAAAAGUAAAUCUUUGGUAGAACAUUCAGAAAAAAUAAGUAAACCCAAGAAAAAAGAUUAUCUCCCCUCAAACUCUGAUGACCACCCUGAGAAGAACAAGAACCAGAACUCUACCAAUACAGAACCUACCAAGACACCUGCCUUCAGUCAACAAAAGCACACAUCUGAACCAGCCAUUGUACAGACUACACUAGCAGCUCAUGUUGAAAGGAAGAGGAGGUCCAACAACUCAUCUAGCACGUCUCCCCCAUGUAAGAGAAAAAAACUUUGAAACAUGGUCCAAGUCUCAUGGAGGUUAUUAGUACUAAUAGUACUAUGAAUUAAACUUUCAGAAACAAUUUCAACAUGUUUCAGGAACAGAGUCACUAAAUAGAAUCUCAGUCUGCUCAAAAUGUUGUUUUUUUUUCUUAUGCAUUAAAGGGAGAUAACUAAUAGAAAAAUAGUUAGCCUGAUGGUUCUUGAAUUCUAUAAUUAUGUAUAGAACUGUAGUUAAAGUUUUUUAAAUCAAUAUUGUAACGUGUUUGAUAUGCAAUUGACAAUAGCAGCAAGGAGUGUCUGUCAACUAUGUUAAUAUGUUAUAGCAACACUAUGUACAAUGUGUUUAAACAUAUAACCCAAAUAUUACAAAUGUGUUAAAGUGACACUAUGUACAGUAUGUGUAAACAUUUAACCCAAAUGUUACAAAUGUGUUAAAGUGACACUAUGUACAAUGUGUUUAAACAUAAAACCCAAAUAUUACAAAUAUGUUAAAGUGACACUAUGUACAGUGUUAAAACAUCAAAUGUUACAAAUGUGUUAAAGUGACACUAUGUACAAUGUGUUUAAACAUAAAACCCAAAUAUUACAAAUAUGUUAAAGUGACACUAUGUACAGUGUUAAAACAUCAAAUAUUACAAAUGUGUUAAAGUGACACUGUACAGUGUGUGUAAACAUUUAACCCAAAUGUUACAAAUGUGUUAAAGUGACACUAUGUACAAUGUGUUUAAACAUAAAACCCAAAUAUUACAAAUAUGUUAAAGUGACACUAUGUACAGUGUUAAAACAUCAAAUGUUACAAAUGUGUUAAAGUGACACUAUGUACAAUGUGUUUAAACAUAAAACCCAAAUAUUACAAAUAUGUUAAAGUGACACUAUGUACAGUGUUAAAACAUCAAAUGUUACAAAUGUGUUAAAGUGACACUAUGUACACUGUGUGUAAACAUUUAACCCAAAUGUUACGAAUUAUGUGUGCUUUUUAAAAUGUUGACUCACUACAAAAAUGCUAACUUAAUAAA